AUGGGCCAGCUCGCAAACGUUUUCGGUCGCCGCAUUCCCCUAAUCUGGUCAACCGCGCUCUUCAUUCUGGGUAGCGGCAUCGCCGGAGGCGCACGCCAUCCCGCCAUGCUAAUUGGCGGCCGCACCGUCCAGGGCGUCAGGGCAGGAGGGAUUUACGUGCUCUUGGACAUCGUGUUCUGCGAUCUUGUCCCCCUUCGUGAGCGUGGCAAGUAUCUCGGCCUCAUGUUCUCAUGGUCCGGGCUCGCAGCUGCCUUGGGUCCUGUGCUUGGUGGGGCCCUAGCGGAGGCAAACUGGCGCUGGAUAUUCUAUCUGAAUAUUCCCAUCUGUGGAGUCGCACUGACAGUCAUCUUGUUCUGCAUGCGUUCUCGUAACCGGCGGAAUCCAGCACCCCUGGUCAUCCUGGCGAGUUUUUGUCCCUCUAGUCUUGGAGCCCUGGGCUGGAUAGGAUUCCAUGUCCAACAAUCCUUCACCAAACACCCCAGCGUCCCUAACCGACUGUUUACUAACCGUACCUCGGCCAUCGACUUUGCCUUGACUUUGCUCUCCUCCAUUUUAGUCCAAGCAACGUCCUAUUUUCUCCCGAUUUACUUCCAAGCCGUCAAGAGCACUACCGUCCUCCGAUCUGGAAUCAACUUCCUCCCCUUUGCCAUCGGAAGACUCUUUUUCGCCGCGGCUGCAGGCACUCUUCUCAGCAAAUUGGGAGUCUACAGGCCCAUCCACGCGACUGCUUUCGGGCUCUCGUCUAUAAGUUUCGGGCUAUUCACUCUUCUAAGUGAGAGUACGAGCAAGUUGGCUUGGGUCUUUUAUCAGCUCAUCGGUAGUGCAGGUGCCGGUAUGAUUUUAUCGACGUUGCUUCCUGCCAUAAUGGCCGCGUUGUCGGAGGCUGACGUGGCAUCGGCGUCGGCCACGUACAGCCUUAUUCGGACGUUCGGGUAUAUCUGGGGUGUGACUAUUCCGUCAAUCGUGUUUAACGGUGUCUGGAAGGGAGAGUUGGCACGGGGCCGAAUUCAAGCGGAGUGGUUGAGGAAGGAGCUGAGAGAGGGAGGUGCGUAUACGUUCGCCAGCCAGGGUCAUUCACUCAAGAGCGAUGUCAAGGGCAACAUUUGGAGCGAGGUGGUCACUGUUUAUAUCCGUAGUUUGGAGACGAUUUGGUGGAUCGGGCUAGGCAUCAGCCUCUUUGGAUUUUGUUUGGUCUGGGUUGCAAAGGAAUUGGAAUUGAGGACGGAACUAGAGACGGAGUAUGGGACCCAGGAGAAGAGGCCUAAAGAAGGAGAGGCGCCGUCUGCCUCGCAGAUCGAGAUAGCUGUUAUUGAGAAUUUUAUGGGAUCUCUUCGAGCGUUUCUAGAUGCAGGGGUAGACCCGAACUGCUUUGGCCCUGGCGGACGUCGCUUGCUAGGCACGGCUCUCUUGAAUGGCCGGCUUGAUGCUGUAAACAUGCUGUUGAAGUACAAGGUCAAUGUAGAUGUGGACCUAACGAAGUAUCAUCCAUGCUAUUUGAGCGCGGAUGAGGAUGAACUAUGGGACUCGGAGGACUUUCAUUGGCUAUGGCCAGGCAUUGAUCCUGUGCCUAGCCCCUUAAUGUAUGCCUGCAUGUACGGGAGGGCGCAUAUUUACUCCGACUGCAAAAUAUCCCCGGACAGUUUCGAUUACAGUGUUGAUCUUGUCUCGCCACUUAUCAGAGGGGGAUGCAGGAUCAGAUUGUAUACAGAGUUGAGAGCGAUCCUGAGCAGACGCGAUGGCCUCAGCUUGCUAACGUUGUCGAUCGAGCAUGGAUUCCGCCUGCGGGAUCUGACACCUCCAGGCCGUAACCGAUGGCCCCGUCCUCUGGACGUUUUCUUUGCGAUCAUUGAGUCUAUAGCCUGGUCGGAGUGCUCCCGCGCCGGCGCCAUAAUGUUCGUGGUCUUUCUUUUCGAAAAGUUCCCGUCGUUGCUGACAGACCGAGAUAUGCGGACCAAAUUCGACCCGCCCCUGAGCCUCUACCCACCCCCGAACGUCCUUCACCUAUGUACAAGAGAGCAUCACUGGCGGGCAGUUGUGGGCUUUCUGGAGGGCGGCGCCGAGGUGAGAAAGCCCUAUGACGGGUUUUAUAACGAGGUGGAUUUCUUGGAAUUUGAAGAACUAAAGAUACGUCGGGCUUCGCCAGAGCAUUGGGAGGAGCUUUUCGAGGUAUCGGAGAUGAAUGAUCUGAGAGUCAAGCAGCGCCUCGAAAUGCGACUGCAGCUGACCUAUUACAGGAUCAAGGAUUUCGCCUCCUAUUACUAG